UUCAUUAUGGCGUUUCGUAAUGAUGAAGAGCUUGAGCGGUACCUAAAUAAUAUGGUCGAGGAUGAUGAUAGUGAAACAGAGCCAUUUGAGGCGGAGCAGGCUUCUGAAAAUAAAGAUAACGUGUCCGUGCAUUCCGAAUAA